AUGGCUAAAUUUCAGUACACCAAUUUUAUCUUCUUCUGGUUUAGUUUUCUCUUAUUUUUAUCUCUUGCUGUAUGCUCGAGAUAUGAACAAGAAGAGCUGCAAUGGCUGGAUGAUAAAGAUGAUGAAAUUAACAUGGUUCAGAACAGGCAUUCAUCUCUCAGAAGCUGUGAUUUUGGCACUGGAAAAUGGGUUUAUGAUCAAUCUUACCCACUCUAUGAUGCUACUUGCCCAUAUCUUAGUACUGCUGUCACCUGUCGAAAAAAUGGACGCCCAGAUUCAGAUUAUGAGAAAUGGAAAUGGAAGCCCCAUGAUUGUGAAAUUCCAAGGUUUCAUGCAUUGGAUUUUCUUGGAAGGAUGAGAAGGAAAAGAAUAAUGCUUGUAGGUGAUUCCAUAGUGAGGAAUCAAUGGGAGUCUCUUGUAUGCUUAGUUCAGUCAGUUAUUCCAACAGCUCGUAAGACGGUUACUUAUAAUGGUCCUACCAUGGCGUUCCAGGCAUUGGAUUAUGAGACAUCAAUUGAGUUUUGUUGGGCUCCUUUCUUAGUUGAAUUGAAGCAAAGCCCUGGAAGUAAGAGAAUAUUGCAUCUUGAUUUGAUAGAGGAGAAUGCACGAUAUUGGAGAGAAGUUGACGUUCUUGUGUUUGAUUCAGCUCAUUGGUGGACUCACACAGAAAAAUGGAGCUCGUGGGACUUUCUUAUGGAAGGGAACAAUGCUUAUAAAGAUAUGAAUCCCAUGGUUGCUUAUGAAAAAGGACUGUCGACGUGGGCUAAUUGGAUAGAUUUAAAUCUUGAUCCCCGGAAAACAAGAGUCUUUUUCCGCAGCAUGUCGCCUAGGCAUAACAGAGAAAAUGGCUGGAAAUGCUACAAUCAGAGAGAACCAAUAGGCUCUUUCAGCCACCCCCAUGUCCCGGAACAACUAGUGGUUUUGCGAGAAGUGCUGAGAAGAAUGAGGUUUCCGGUAUAUUUGCAGGACAUUACAACAAUGUCAGCUCUUAGACGAGAUGGGCAUCCCUCUAUUUAUGCUAGGGCUCUAGGCGAAAAGGCUAAGCGGGAAAUGGGAGGCUAUAGUUCUGAUUGUAGCCAUUGGUGUCUCCCUGGUGUGCCUGAUACCUGGAAUGAGAUGUUAAAUGCUAUGCUUUGA